UCACUUCAGAUUGUUUCGGAUCGAUUAGACAACGGACAACAUCCGGUGGUUUAAAGCACUAUUAUUUCCGGUUUACACGGUAGUUUAUAGUUUUGAAAUUACAAUAGAAUUCAGGAUAGUAAAGAGAAAUAUGGAAACCACAAAGAUGGACUUCCGUAAGAAGUGGGAUAAAGACGAGUAUGAGAAGUUAGCCCAAAAACGGUUGAUAGAAGAAAGAGAAAAGAAAGAUGCAAAACCUGUGCAACCAGUCAAACGGGAGCUGCUUCGACACCGGGACUACAAAGUGGACCUGGAAUCAAAGCUGGGCAAAACCAUUGUCAUAACAAAAACCACACCACAGUCUGAGAUGGGAGGGUAUUACUGCAAUGUCUGUGACUGUGUAGUAAAGGAUUCCAUCAACUUCCUUGAUCACAUCAAUGGCAAAAAACAUCAAAGGAACUUGGGUAUGUCAAUGCGGGUAGAACGCUCCUCCUUAGAUCAGGUGAAGAAACGGUUUGAGUUGAACAAGAAGAAGAUGGAGGAAAAACAGAAAGACUAUGAUUUUGAGGAGAGAAUGAAAGAACUUAGAGAAGAGGAGGAGAAAGCUAAGGCAUACAAGAAGGAAAAGCUCAAGGAGAAAAAGAGGAAAGCAGAGGAAGAGCUGAUGUUCGAGGAUGAUGAUGAUAUGGCUGCUGUGAUGGGAUUUUCAGGUUUUGGUACCUCAAAGAAAAACCACUGAAAGGCUUUUGCUCUUCUCUUCUCUCCACAUUCUUAAAGGAUUUGCUUUUUAUAACAAACAUGACUUCAGUAAGGACCUGCGUAAUGCACUGGAUAGUAUUGAAUCUGUCUGAUGACAGAUGUGUACAAAAACUAUGAAACACCAACCAUUUUGUGAUAGAUGGGUACAUCUGAGAAUCGCUAUCAGUCUUGGGACCUCUACUUUGCUUUUUUCCCCCAUCCAGAUGAAGUGUUUUUCUUAUUUAAUUAUAUGUAGGUCUUUCAAAAUUUUUAUUAGUAAGUCUGUUUUUUUCUGGAACACCACUGCUCUUAAGUGACUUUCCUUCCUGUAGAAGCACGGAUGUGUGCUGUGUUAAUGCUUCUGAAUGGGACUGCAGGUUGAUAUUUCUUUUAAUAAAAUGAAUUUUCUGAAUUCUGAA